AUGUAUUAUAUUAUUGUCACGGAAUCGGAAUCUCCAGGAGAAACGUCAUGUAAAAUAAAGGGCUUGACAAAUGCAGAAGUUGAUAUUUUAGAAUCUUACUGCAAAGAACGCCAGGUUACCUACCUUAAUCUCAAAGAAUUCUUUGAAGCUGAUAUUCAAGGAGUGCAAGUUCUCAAUAUCAUAUGUGGAGUUCUUGGUUAUCAAAUUUUGACCCAAUCGAUGGCGAUUGAAGACAAUUAUAUUGGAGGUAGGAAAAUAAAGGUCCAGAAACUAGUAUGGAUGAUGUAUAAAUAA